CAACACGCUAAAACGGCGCAUGCGUAUCCCUGCUUCCGGUUACUUCUAUACAGGAAGCCCCCACAAUGCUCCGCGGCACCGGUUCCGACCUGUCGCAAAGGCUGCUUUUCGGCCGGGCGUGAACGAUUCGCCUUCCGCGCUGGGCUGCGGUGGUGGCGGUGGCCUUCUUCCCUUCCCCUUUUCCCCUCCAUUCGGGUUUGAGCGGGGCAGUGCCCUGAGCCUGGGCCGUCUCCGCCAUGCCCCCCAAAAAACAGGCUCAGGCCGGGGGCAACAAGAAAGCAGAACAGAAAAAGAAGAGAAAAUCAUUGAGGACAAAACUUUUGGUUUGAAGAAUAAGAAAGGAGCAAAGCAACAGAAGUUCAUCAAGGCUGUGACUCAUCAAGUUAAAUUUGGUCAACAAAAUCCACGACAGGCUGCACAAAAUGAAGGUGAUAAAAAAUUGAAGAAAGAUGACAAGAAGAAAGAACUUCAGGAGCUAAAUGAACUAUUCAAACCAGUAGUUGCUGCUCAGAAAAUAAGUAAAGGUGCAGAUCCCAAAUCGGUAGUAUGUGCAUUUUUCAAACAAGGGCAAUGUACUAAAGGAGAUAAGUGUAAGUUCUCCCAUGAUUUAUCUCUGGAAAGAAAAUGUGAAAAACGAAGUGUUUAUAUAGACGCAAGAGAUGAAGAACUUGAAAAAGAUACCAUGGAUAAUUGGGAUGAGAAAAAGCUAGAAGAAGUGGUGAACAAGAAGCAUGGUGAGGCGGAAAAGAAAAAACCAAAAACUCAAAUAGUGUGUAAGCAUUUUCUUGAUGCUAUCGAAAACAACAAAUACGGCUGGUUUUGGGUUUGCCCAGGGGGUGGUGAUAAUUGUAUGUAUCGUCAUGCUCUUCCUCCUGGUUUUGUAUUAAAAAAAGAUAAGAAGAAAGAAGAAAAAGAAGAUGAAAUUUCAUUAGAAGAUUUAAUAGAAAGAGAGCGUUCUGCCCUAGGACCAAAUGUUACCAAAAUCACUUUAGAGUCUUUUCUUGCGUGGAAGAAAAGAAAAAGACAAGAAAAGAUUGAUAAGCUUGAACAAGAUAUGGAAAGAAGAAAAGCAGACUUUAAAGCAGGAAAAGCACUAGUGAUCAGUGGCCGUGAAGUAUUUGAAUUUCGUCCUGAGCUAGUUGAUGAUGAUGAUGAAGAAGCAGAUGAUACCCGGUAUACCCAAGGAACCGGUGGUGAUGAGGUUGAAGAUCUGGUAAGAGUAAAUGAUAUAGAUUUGAGCCAGUAUAUUCCAAAGGAUGUGGACGAGACUGGUAUCACUGUGGCUAGUCUUGAAAGAUUCAGUACAUAUACUUCAGUAGAGAAGGAUGAUAAUAAAUUGAGUGAAGCUUCAGGAGGUGGGGCAGAAAAUGGAGAACAAAGUGAUUUGGAAGAAAAUAAUGAAGAAGAACAGGAAAAUGGAGUUAUUGGUGCUGUUCCUGUUGAUGAAAACCUUUUUACUGGAGAGGAUUUGGAUGAACUAGAAGAAGAAUUAAACACACUUGAUCUAGAGGAAUGACAACAAGCAAGUCAAAUGGAAAAAAUUUUCAGCUCAGCAUAAAUAGAAAUUGACUACAAUAAUUUUUUUUUCUCCUGUCUAGAAUUCUUAAACAGGAUGUUUAUGGUUUCUCACACUGAUUUGGGGAUGUACCCUUUCCUCAAAAAAAAAAAAAAAACAAACAAAAAAAAAAAGGAAUAUUCAUCCUUACCACCUCUAUUCUGACCUUGACUACACCUCAUAGUAAGUUCAGAGUAGGUCAUAAGAAAUUUGAAAUAUAAUGGUUAUUACAAAAAAGAUUUUGUAAAUAAUCGAAGUAGAAAGUAUAACUGCUUUUUUCCAACUUGUGAGUUUCAUUGGGCAUGUGUUAUUACCAAGUACAACAUACAUAUUGAAAAUAUCCCUCAUUUAAGCUGCAUCUUUUUAAUGAGUGAUUUGAUUUCAUUUGUAUUUAUAUAUUUUAAAAAACAGCCUAAAAUAAGAGCACUGUACUUCAUAGACUACUUAUGCAGAUUCAGUGUUGGGUUUCUUUGGAUAAUUAAUCAGAUGGACAUUAAAGAUGCAGGUUCUUUAAACUGACAGCAUCAUCUGGAAUGCCCUUUGUAAACCGUUUUAAAUUUUCCCUCUGCAUUUUUUUGCCAACAAAGUUGUAAAUAAAGACCAUCAAACGUUAAAAAUCAAAAUAUGGGCUUUUUAUUUUUUAUGAUUUUAUAAUUUUUAUAUAUGUCAUAAAGUAUGUUGGCCAUACUGUAUAUUUGUAUGAAAAUUUUUGUCUUGGUUCCAUUUUGGAAAUUAAAUUUCUUCUAAAUAGGUUGACAGUAAUUGGUAGCAGCAGACAUAGACCCUCAGGACUAUAUUGUUCAACUAGAAUGCAGGUUUAAACAUAAGCAAUUCUAAUCUACUAAGAAAUCCAUUUACAUUGAUAACAAUAGCCUCCAAGACAUCUAUUCACUACUUAACCUAAAGUGAAAGUGAUACUAAUAUUCAAGUGAUCUCUUAAACUAUUUAAAAACUUUAAGCAUUAAUUUCUCUACUAUUAGUUAAAACUUAGUGUGCGCCAUCAGAAUACUUAAGGAUUAUUAAUGUGAUCUAAAGCUUAAGAUAAUUGCCAUUGGCAAUCUAGUCUUACCUUUGUCUUUAAAAAUUAGUGUGACAAAAAUAAAAUCAUUUUUCUUUUAAAAGAGACCUUUGACACAACAAAGGUAAAUGAUUUGAUUAUGCCGUGACAAAUACCUAAACCAUAAAACUUAUAACUGGACACCUAAUUAACAAAUGAAAUAGUAAAGAGUUGGUUGUAUCCAUAAUAUCAUAAGAGAAUUUAGGGAUAGGGUGAAAUUACAAUAGCUAGCUUUUCUUCUGAAAAAGUGAUGGUGAUAAUGAAACAGCUUAGUUCCUUGAAAAUAACUCUGAUUGUUAGCCUAUUAAUCAUUCUGGGAUCUCCGAGUCCUACUGGAACUAAAGCCAGACCCUGGGGCAUUAGGGAAAUACAAAAUCAUCAGUAUUAUUCAGUGAGUAGUUUUAAUUAUCCAUUAACAUGGUAAUACAACCUUAGUAGAGAAUGUUUAUCCAAAUAAUAUGCCUAUUUCUCCCUUGUAUCAUAAAUUAUAAAUGUUCAGAAUUAAGACAAUUCUUCAAAUGCAACUGUAUCAUCAAUUACCAUUGUUUAUGAUUCAGAGUGGAUAUUAUUAAAAGAAAUUUAAUAAAGAGUGUUAUAGUAGAAGGAGCACUGGCCCUAGAGUCAGAGGGGAGAUAAGUUUAAAUCCUUCCUCUAAUAUAUCUUUGUGGCCUUGGGCAAGUCACUUGGUUUCCCUGGUGCUCAAUUUCUUCAUCUGUAAAAUGACUUUGGAUUUGACUGGCCUCUGAGGACCCUUCUACCCCUAAAUCUGAUCCUGUGAAUUAUAGCUUCUGGGUUCUAAUCUCUUUCUCGCUAAUUAACUGUUUAGUCUUAAGCAGAUCACUUCAUUUCUCCACCCUCAUUUUCUGUUAAAUCUAGGAAAUGCACUGGUUUACUCUCUGAAGUCCUUUGCUUCACCUAGAGUCAGAUUUCUAAUUUGUAAAGAUGUUAAUCACACAAAAAUUGCUUUUAUCUAAAAAGUGCUAUCACUGGAACUUAUCAAACUUUUGUGAAACACAGGCCAUGCUUACAAGGAUUGGAUUCAUUUCUUACCAAAGUAAAAAGGCAUAUUUAACUGGAAUUCUUUAUGUGGAAAAGCAAAAUUUCUAAAAUUUAAAUAUAGGAGUUAUGUCUUAACUUUUCCUAUCUAAGACCCUGAUAGCUUUUUCAAAAUGUUCAUCACAAUAUAUUAUUAAAUAACAUUGAAUUUUUAGCAAUUAUUUUCAAAACUAUUUAAGAAGCUAGUCAUUGGAGGAGAGGUAAGUGAUAUUUUCCCCCCUCCUUUGUCUUUAUUUUGUAAACUAAAUAAAGAUCUUUCACAUGCUAAAUCAAGAGAAGUGAAAGAUGACAUUGACUUUGGGCUUUGGUUUUUGCUGCAUUAAUAUGGGCCAAUAUAAAUACUAAAAUAAGAUGACAUAUUUUGAUGGCAUAACUCAAGUUUAAUUCUCUGGUCAAAGAAAAAGAUUGUUAGUGCCUUAAAACUAAUAUAUGAUUUUUGAAGCCGCCAAAUACCUAAAAAACCCGAGUAAAAAAAAGGGGAAAUGUUUCAGUAUUAAAAAUUUGUCCACAUGUGGCUGACCAUAAUUUUCCUUCAGCCAGUUAGUUUUUUUUUUACUCACUGUGCUGCUGUGUUGCUUCCAUCUAUCGGAGUCAUGUACAUUGGAAAUGCAAAAUUAUUUACUCAGGCAGCUAUCAGCAUAAUGGAUAUUAUAUCAGGCCUGGAGUCAGACCUAAGUUUGAAUUUUCGUUCAAAUUCUCUUUGAGUCUGGACAAAUCUGUUUCCCUUCGUUUCCUCAAUUGAAAAUGGAAAUAAUAAUAGUACCUAUCUCACAGGGUUGUUGUGACCAUCAAAUGAGAUAGUAUUUAUAAAAACUUUAGCAGUGUCUGGUACAUAGUAUGCACUGUCACAAAUACUCUCUUCUAUUCCCUUUUAAUUUUAAUAUUAACCAGAAGAAAAUGAAGUGGUCCUCUGAAGUAUUGCAAUGAUAAAUGUUUUCAAAAAGAGAGAGAGAAAGAAAGUACUUUUGGCUUUUCCAUACCAUGUUUACCUUUCAUUUGUUCAAAUAAAUGUGAGUUAAUACUACUUUUUGAAACUUUUCCAGAUUACCUUAAAGCUAAUUCUUUUUUUUUCCUUCUUGUUUAAUACAGUUCUGUAAAUUAUCUUUUUCACUCUUGACAAAAGAGAAAAUACUUUUAAUCUUAAUUUAGUCAUUGGGUUUAUUAAGCCCAGUCUUUAACCUUAAGCUUUUUAUUGUAAAAUAAGACUAGAAUAUAGAUGGAAACUUUAUCUUGGCAUUUGGUAUAUUUGGUAAGAUGCAGUCAUUUUUCCAAAAGUUUGAAAACAAUAUUCUAUUUGUUGUAAAGUCAUUAUUCUCUACUAUGGUUUUGUGGGUUAUUUUUGUUGGAUUUGGCAAACUGCUUUUGAAAAUGCAAGGUGUUUGAAAAUAGUUAGAUUGUAGAUUUUAUUCUACCUUUAUUCACCAUUAUCAGAAGGCAAGGAAUGUCUGGCUUACCAUUAAUGUGUAUGCAUAAUUGUUUCAGCUUAAUUUUUUUGGUCAUUGGAUUUGUCAAGCUAAGUUUAUUCUAUCUGUUGUAAUGUUUAGAGCAAUGAUGUCAAAUUCAAAUAGAAAUGGGAUAUACUGAUCCAUACCUAAAGAUUCUAACUCACAUAUUGCCUUAGUUUUAAAAUGUAAUGUUAACUAUUUUUUAUUGUAUUUUAAUUUAUAUUGCUAAAUAUUUUCCAAUUACAUUUUAUUCUGAUUGAGCCCACACUGUGCCAUAUGUCUGACACUUCUCAAUUCAAGUAUGGUGCUAAUAAGUUGAAUUAUGAAUUUGUAGCUGGAAGUAACUUCAGAAAGCAUAAGUUAAGUGGCUUGUCAACAUUCAUGUGGUAUCUAGUUAGUGUCAAAAGUUAGUGUGUUUGGUUACCAUUCAAACCACUUAAUUUCUCCUGGGGAAAAAAAAAAAAAAAAAAAAAAAAAAAAAAAA